AGAAAAGCUGUCAAUCGACGAGCGAGGACACAAGAAACUGCGUUAGAGGAAAAAUCAAUAAUAAAAGUUCUUCGUUCGACUGGUGAAAGUGGACGAAUUAUUGUGAAAAUUGUGUGAAAUCCUGCGAUAAUCGUGUAAAAAAGUGGUAAACUAACCGAAACAAUGGCUGAUAACGAACAGAAGGCGUUGCAGCUGAUUGCCGAAGCCGAGAAGAAGCUGAAUUCAUCGAAAGGGUUUUUCGGGUCACUAUUUGGUGGUGGUUCCAACAAGGUCGAAGAUGCCGUGGAAUGUUACCAACGGGCGGCCAACAUGUUCAAGAUGGCAAAGAAAUGGGCCCAAGCUGGGUCCGCCUUCUGCGAUGCAGCCAACUUGCAUUCCAAGGCCGGCAGUCGUCAUGACGCGGCCACCAACUACGUCGAUGCGUCCAACUGUUACAAGAAGGUAGACCCGAAUGAAGCGGUUACCUGUCUGCUGAAGGCGAUCGACAUCUACACCGACAUGGGUCGCUUUACACUGGCGGCCAAACAUCAUCAGAGUAUCGCCGAAAUGUACGAAAAUGAAGCUAACGACUUGCAACGCGCCGUGCAGCAUUACGAACAAGCGGCUGAUUACUUUAAGGGCGAGGAAUCAACUAGCUCGGCUAACAAGUGCAUGCUGAAGGUGGCACAGUAUGCGGCCCAGCUGGAGGAAUACGAGAAGGCAAUCCAGAUCUACGAGCAGGUGGCCAGUUCCUGUUUGGACAGCUCACUGCUUAAGUAUAGCGCCAAGGAGUACUUCUUUCGCGCUGCCUUGUGCCACCUGAGCGUUGAUCUGCUGAAUGCUCAGCACGCACUCGAGAAGUACGCCCAACAGUAUCCUGCCUUCCAGGACUCGCGGGAGUACAAACUGGUCAAGACUCUUUGCGAGCACCUGGAGGAGCAGAACGUGGAUGGUUUCACCGAGGCGGUUAAGGAAUAUGAUAGCAUUUCACGGCUGGAUCAGUGGUACACUACCAUAUUGCUUAGAAUCAAGAAACAGGCUAAUGAUAACCCUGACUUGCGAUAAAUUCGAUUACCAUGUAAGUAGCAGGUCACUCAACUCCAUCUAUCUAUUAUAUGUAUAUCUCAACAAACAAAAAUAUUACAUUCGUUUUGAUCGAGUUGUUUGCAAAGGUUACAGUCGCCAAGCGAAUAUUGUUCGAUGGAUGUGUGCGCCAGCAGCAGCAGCAGGAGAAACACGUAGUAUCGCAAUCUUUUUUUAUUCUAGUUUGCGCUAUAUAAUACACCCAAGCAAAUAUUGUUACUUAUCCUUAGAUUAAGUACAGAGACUAUACAUGAUGAAAGAAAAUUCCGACAGGAAGAAAAGCAAAACUUCAGUUUGUUUUGUUACAGCGGAACUAACAUUCCGGUUGAGUUGUUGAAAUAAAUCCAAUUGUUUGUUGCUUAAUUCGUUUUUAAUAUAAACAGUUCAACGAGCGUGACGGGAAAAAUGCUACUGAGACAACAAUAAAAUCAAUUUUAUUCAUUCUUUUAGUUAUUACUAGUCAGAGUACAUGAAGUAGCUAUUACAAAAAAAAAAUCUUAACCAAAUGUUCUUCGCCGGAGAGUGAAAUCAAUAAACUUUGCAAGAACUUACGUUCGUAUCAUAGUAGAAAAAAUCCUUUUAAGAGAAGAAAAUUAAGGAUAAGAUCCAACCGAAGUUUACCUUAGGAUCAGCAAAAUUAAUUCGCUCUCAAAAGUGUUUAAAAUCAAGCAAACAAAAUAAGCUUCAAAGAUAGUCGCAGAAUCGUGUGUGAAAUCGUCGGUCUCUCGUGCAGAAAAAAAAUGAAAAGAAAACUAUACUCUAAAAAAACCCAAACCCAAGCGUAUAUAACAUAUUGAAAUAAUAUAGAAAAAUUCGUAAAAGGCUAUUCGUUCAAUCUCAGAAUAGAAAAAAAAAACGCUAACGAAAGAAAACUAACCCACAUAUUAUUGUACCGAACAUUGAAAGGCAAAGCAUAAAUUUAACUACUACCGGAGUUGACGAAAUAUUAAUAGAGUGAUGUGGCCGCGGCACCUCAGCGGACUGCACCACCAAAUCGACAUGUGCGAUGUGUCGUGAUUCAACUGCAUCUAGUUUACAAGCAAAACUGUGGUGCGAAUAAUGCGUGCAUGUGAGUGACAUCAACAUAGCUAAAGUGAAUCUGAUCGGACAAAAAAAACGCGAAAAAAAGAUUAAACAACAAACACUAAAAAAUUACAUGUUUCCGAAUUGCAAUAAAUAAAGACAACAAGGUACUAUGAAGGUAAAUAAUAA